GGCAUCACGCCGUGGGAGCCCGCGGCCCCGAGAGGCACAGACUGCUUGCACUUAUUCCUUCUCUAGGUCUGAAAGAAGAGCUGCAGGGAGCAACCUGUCCCCUCCUGCACCCUUUUGACCCCCCAGAAUGGCAUCGCCCAUGAGGAGCUUGUUCACCGACCCCGACAGAUACCUCCAGUCUUUCCGCCUCUUCCUCACAAAUUCAACCGAGCACCAGUGCAUGCGGGAAUUCAUGGAGAGGCAGCUGCCGUCCGUGAUAGCGAGUAUUGGAAACGGGAAGUCUACAAUCAAUAUUCUAAGUGUUGGUGGUGGAGCAGGUGAGAUUGACCUGCUGAUCCUCUCAAAAGUGCAAGCCAGAUAUCCAGGGAUCACCAUCAACAAUGAUGUGAUAGAGCCAAGUGCUGACCAAAUCUCCAAGUACAAAGAGCGUGUGGCUGAGACAUCAAACCUCGAGAAUGUAAAGUUUACUUGGCAUGAGGAGACAGCUUAUGAAUAUGAAAGUCGAAUGAAUGCAGAAAAGAAGUCUAAAAAAUGGGACUUCAUUCACAUGAUCCAGAUGCUGUAUUAUGUGAAAGAUGUCCCUGCAACUAUCCGGUAUUUCCACAGCCUCCUGGAAGCACAGGCGAAGCUCUUCAUUAUCUUGGUGUCAGGAACCAGCGGCUGGGAAACGCUGUGGAAGAAGUACGGGUCUUCCUUCCCUUUAGAUGACCUCUGCUCUUACGUUUCCUCUGCUGACAUCAAAAGGAUUCUGGAUUCAGCCGGGCUGAAGUACCAGCUGCAUGAGCUCCCAUCCCACAUGGACAUAACAAGCUGCUUUAUUGAAGGGAACAAGGAUGGGGAGCUGUUGCUGGAUUUCCUGACAGAAACUUGUGAGUUUUCUAAAACUGCUCCUCCUGAAUUAAAGCGUCAGGUAAUGGAAGAGUUAAGAAAGCCUGGAUGCAGCGAAAAAAGAGAAGGGAAGGUGCUUUUUAAUAACAACCUGAGUGUAAUAGUGAUUGAGCCAUGACUUAACCUCUUCUUGCUUCUUGAUCCAAAGCAAAUAGUCCAAUGCAAACUAUUAACAGCUGAAAUAUGUUUUUCAUACUUUAUAAAUAGCUUAGUUUACUUCAGUACUGAGACAUAAUUUUUGGAGCCUGUUAAGAAAUCAGUAUUAAUAUCUGUUGUUGUAAAUGAGCUUUAAUACCCGAUUAAUUCUGCACUAAUCUAUGAAUGUGUAACUUACUAAGCAGUUAAUUGUGCUUUAUUGUAUGGAUGUUGUAUAAUCAGAUGUAAUUUGGACCAUCCACUCAGGCACUGCAGACAACUGACCAUUUCCUAAGAAAUAAUCAAGAACUAUACAUGGUUUCAUCACCUUCAUUUAAAAACUCUCUACGGACCAGAUAAACAAAAUACAACUUCUCAGUGCAGCUGGCAAAAGUGGAGGCUCAGAACGCCCGACCAUGUGGGUGGCUUCUCAGUGGGAUUUCUUGAGCUUGCUGUGACUUCAAGAUCUCAUACCUCCAGUUACUGUGAAAGUGGCCUCACACCUUCUGCACGUGCGAUGGUUGCCUGCUCUUGCCUCCGCAGCCACCUCCAUUUAAGGGCACUGCUUCCCUUUUCCUGUAUUUUUACUUUAUUUUUAUGAUGUUGCACCUGCAGAGCAAUUUGUGGACCAGGUCCAUACCGGCACUGCAAGAGGGAAGUGAUUGAAGAUGGUUGAGGCACAGCAGUGGUAAUAACUGUCCUGGAGAGGUGGAUUUCACUAGUGAGCCCUGAUGCAAUGCCUUUGUUAGAAAUCUGCUACUGCUGUCAUAUAGGGCGUUCUGAUGUUUUUAGUUAACCACACAAACCUUCUGGUCGCAGCCAUUCACCAGCCUGGCAGCAAGGGCCAUGCGUGGCUUGUGAGCUUUGUAACAAUGAAGCUGUAAAAAUAAACUUGGAUGCCA